UGAUCACAUCAAGACCGUUAGAUCCUCCUCCAUCUCGAUCGCGUCUUUCCUUCUCGUGAUCUCAGCCGUCGGUGACCCGGUUCUUUUGGUUUUUGUACGGCUGAGAUCGGCUCACGCCCCCUCGUAAAUCCCGGAACCGAGAGGCACCGCAAAAAGCCGGAUUUGAUAGGCCCUCUCGGUUCCAUUUUAUAUUUAUUUCGAAUUUUAUGUAAUUCCUCUGUUGCGGAAAAAUAAAAGCCGGCGAAGAGCAGAGGAGGCAAAUUAAAAGAAAAACAAAAAGAGGAGGGGAAAAUUCUCGAGAAGAAGCAGUUUCGAUCUCUCUCGCCGUCGUCGGGUUGUCGGAGGGGCUGCAGUCGUGUAGCUAUCGUGAUGUUUAAGAAGGGCAAUAAGGUGGAGGUUUGGAACAGGAGGGAGGUGCCAUCGGGCUCCUGGUGGAGUGCCGAGAUCAUCUCCGGGGAUGGGCAUCACUAUUCUGUGAGAUAUGAUGGGUACCCAACGGAUAGCAGUGUGGCGGUGGACAGAUUGCCAAGAAAGGCCAUCAGACCUUGCCCUCCGCCGGUGGGGAGUCUGAAGGAUGUUAUGUCCGGUGAUGUCGUUGAGAUAUUCGACAACAACUCAUGGAAACUCGCACAAGUUCUGUUGGUCAUUGAUGAAAAAUACUGCUUUGUGAGGCUUCUUGGUUCCUCCGGGGAGUUCGCAGCCCACAAAUCUCAGAUAAGGACACCGCUGUCUUGGCAAGGUGACAAGUGGGUGACGAUUGAUAAGGAUUCUGGGAAACAAAACGGUGGAAUGCCAAGCAGUCACUGGAGAGGAGGGAAGUCUGGAUACCAUAUAGUUCAGUCAUGUGUGGAGAUUGAUAAUUCUGCUCAAAAGACCUGUUUUCCUAUUGAAAAUCAUGAUUUUUCUAAGAAAACUGAAUGGAGGUUUUGUAGAGGCACGAAGAAAAGGGCAGUUGAUAUUUCUUUUCCCGCUGAGCUGUGCAAUUAUGGUAGAAGAAAGAUGAGGGCAAUUAAGAAGGAUGGGAGGAAUCAAGGAAUAACUUCUGAGCAUACAAUACAUUUUAUGGAAAAGUUAGACGAUGUUGCUUCCUCUGAAAAAGUGCUAGAUGGAAAAUAUGUGCAUUCUUCCUUUAACAACAGAACCAGUUCUAAAGUGGAUCCAGGAAGGGGAAUACCAAGUUCAGAUAAGCAAAAUCAUCUUGUCAGGAUUUCAGGACCCAGUGAUGCAGAAAGUACUUCAUCCUCUGUUGGUAGUUGUAGUGUCAGUAGCAGUCCAUGUAGGUCAUCAGAGCAGUAUGUAAUCUAUCCUUCCGGAGAACUGUAUGGCCAUUCUGAUCAUGCUGAAACUUAUUGUGGUUUGGAAAACGAGUCAUCUCUUCCUAGAAAGGACUUGCAAGAAGAAAUUCAUCAGCUAGAGUUGAAUGCAUAUCGGUCCACUUUGAUAGCAUUAUAUGCUUCUGGUCCAAUAAGUUGGGAACGGGAAGCAUUUAUGACAAACCUUCGUCUAAUGUUAAACAUAUCUAAUGAUGAACACUUAAUGGAGAUUAGGAACUUGAUACGUUCCGAAAUAGCCACCACAAUCGCAUAGUUGACUGGAACAUAUGGACUGAUUUUGCAUAGAUAUUUAAUACCCUUUUUCUUUUAUUUUCCUUAUGUAAAAUGAGUAUCGAUAUUGUAGCUGAAUAUUGAAAAUCCAAAUUACUUUUUUAAA